AUGUUCUCCAGGUUCGGCGUCGGUCAGGCGCGGUUCAACGCGAGCUAUCGCGCGUACCCGGUGAGCUUCAUCGAUCGCCCGCAGUUGGAGCUCGGGGACAAGGUGAUCUUGCCGCCGAGCGCGCUCGAGAGGCUGACGCGGAUGCAAAUCGAUGAUUACCCGAUGCUGUUCGAGGUGACGAACGCGAAGGAGGGGAAAUCGACGCACUGCGGUGUGCUGGAAUUCGUCGCGGACGAGGGGGUGGUGUACUUGCCGUAUUGGAUGAUGCAAAACUUGUUGCUGGGCGAGGGAGACAUCGUAAAGUUUUCGUACUCGACGCUGCCGAAGGGGACGUACGUGAAGUUGCAGCCGCAGACGCAGGACUUUUUGGAUAUAUCGAAUCCGAAGGCGGUGUUGGAAACGACGCUGCGGCAGUACACGUGCUUGACGGUGGGAGAUACGUUUGUGAUUCAUUACAAUAACAAGCAGUAUCACAUCGACGUCAUCGAGGCGAAACCGGGGGACGCCAUCGGAGUCGUGGACACGGAUUGCGAGGUUGAUUUCGCACCGCCGCUGGAUUACGUCGAUCCUUACGGACCAGACACGACGAAGUUUGAGGAUACGAAUUCUGGGGCGAUAAAUGCGCCGAAGACGGCCGACAAGGCAGACGCGGGAGCGUCUGGCGACGCGGCGACAAACGGCGAAACGCUCGCGGCGCCGCAACCGGUGGUGAAUACUUUUCUCGCGUUCGCGGGUGGUGGGCAUCGAUUAGACGGUAAAGCGAUCUCAGAAAUCGCCCCGAAAGAGGUGGAGAUUCCGACGUCUUCGCUCAACGUCACCAAGGAAUGGCAGCAGCUUCGUCAAGGAGGUGUUUUGGGAGGAGAAACUAGCAAGGAACCAGAAAAACCCGCCCCGGACGCCGACAUCGACCGCAAGCGCAGCGGCAAGGUGGUGUUUGGUGGCGCGCGCGCGGCGGCGAUCGCUCGCAAGAAAGAGAAAGCCGCGGUUGCGAAAAAAGACGAUUCCUCGAAAGACAAACCGACGUCGACGUUCCAAGCGUUCCAAGGAAGCGGGAACAAGUUACGAUGA